UUCCUCCAAUGCAAGAAGAGUCACACGCUGAACUGAGUGUUCAGUCGCGCACUGUGUCAGUCAUACACAGGUACACAGUAGACUAAGGUUGGCUGAGAUAGGGGAAGAGACAGAGAACAGCCACUGGUUGCUCACUCACACUCAAGCUUUCAAGGAGGACACUGACAGUCUGCCCUAUGUGUGGCUCCUCUCAAGGCUUCACAGCCUCCUCCUCUCGUUGCACCACAGCCAUGUUAACCUCAGAAAGAUCACUGCAAAGCUCUGGGAUCAUCACAGCAGCGAUGCCCGAGACACAGGAUAUAGACAUGACAUCAUGGAGUGAGGCAGACUUUGAGGAGAAAUGUACUUAUAUCGUUAAGGACCAACCUCUGGAGGAAGAGCCUCAAAACAGCAGCAGGACACGAGCUGAGAGAUCUUUACCCAGAAACCUGGCGCUGAAACGGUGCCACAGCUCCUCAGAGGUGCUCGGGGUGACCAGUAAAGAGAUGAUUCCUAAGGGGACACGUUUUGGUCCUCUUGUGGGAGAAAGCUACACCGAUGAGACGCUACCGAAAGACGCAGACAGGAAGUACUUCUGGAGGGUCUUCUUGAAGGGGCAUUUGAACCACAUCCUGGAUGGUUUGAAUGAGGAGCGGAGUAACUGGAUGCGUUAUGUCAACCCGGCAUGUACUGUGGAGGAGCAGAACCUGGUUGCUUGCCAGAAUGGUUUGGAAAUCUACUUCUACACCAUCAAACCACUUCAGCUGGGCCAGGAGCUUCUUGUGUGGUACUGCCCUGAAUUUGCCCAGCGUUGUAACUACCCUCCUCUGGGCCAACUAGCUAUUGACAGUAUUGAACAGAGUCAAGCUCAGGAGAAGACAACAGGGAAACUAGGACACAGCGUCUCUGAAAUCUUAAAAGACGAGCCUUCCAAAUCCCUGAUGACCUGCCCCAGACGUUUGGACAGUCCUUUGUCUCAGACUAACUUCUCAGCGGUUUUUCCCUUAUGUCCACAUGUUGUGUACCCAAUGCAGCCCCACUCAGAAUCCAUCCACGGCCAUAGAUAUGCAACUCUACCACCUCUGUCAUCCUGUAACCCUCCAGCUGCAAAAAGGCCAGCUCUAAGUAGUCCUGUCCCUUCCAAUUUGCACUUCACCUUUCAGCACAAUCAAGGCCCGGUUAUAGCCAAACCUUACCAAGAGCCCUCGGUGCCCGAUCGAGUUCAUCCUGCUCUGAGGCAUGCUCCCUAUCUAAUGCCUCACUACUCACUUGGCCUUAACAGCAUUCUACCUCACUCCUACCCGUACUACAGUGAUCGACUGAAGCCUCACCUAACACUCUCAUCUCAUUUACUGCCUUUUGAUGGCUAUGCACACUUCCUUCAUCCUCUGGCCAAUGCACACAAAGACUUGACACUUGCACUAUCCAACACAAAACAAGACCUCAUUCUUUCACAGACCAGUGAAAACAAAGACAAUAAGGACCUCAUAUCAAAAAGGACAAACUACCUCAGGAUCCCCUCAGAUGACCUCAGAGAUUUCAAACACUCUCCUCCCAGCAAUGUCAAGGCAGACCUCACUAUACCUGCCACCUCCAGUGCCUCAUCCAUGGCCACAUCGCUCCGCAAAGCACUGCCCUCUCUUGCACCUGGAGGUUGCUCACCACCAGUGGGCAUGGCUGCUUUUUCAGACUGCCUCCCUUCCAAACCCACCUCCGCCACUCAGAGCAGUACAGAGGAUGCAAUGGACCUCAGGAAGACCAAACGAGGUGGGCAGACUAUCGGCUACAAGACCCUGUCUUACCCCCUCACAAGGCAGAAUGGAAAGAUCCGGUAUGACUGCAACAUUUGCGGGAAGGUUUUCGGUCAGCUGUCUAACCUCAAGGUCCAUCUGCGAGUGCACAGUGGCGAGCGUCCCUUCAGGUGUCAGACCUGCAAUAAAAACUUCACUCAGCUGGCCCACCUGCAGAAACACUACCUGGUUCACACAGGAGAGAAGCCUCAUGAAUGCAAGGUGUGCCAUAAGCGAUUCAGCAGCACUAGCAACUUGAAGACCCACCAGAGGCUACACUCAGGUGAGAGGCCUUACCAGUGCAAACUCUGCCCGGCACGCUUCACACAAUUCGUCCACCUGAAGCUCCACAAACGCCUCCACACUGGAGAACGACCCCACAGGUGCCCUAGCUGCCCCUGUGCCUAUCUCCACUACUGUAGCCUCCAGGUGCACCUUCAAGGCUUCUGCCCUCUCUCCCCCUCUGCCUCCCACAGACACUCACCGGAGGAGCUACACCGAGUCAACUCAGAGAUCGAGAGGUUUGACAUGAGUGAAGCGGCAGAGCAGCUCGAGGCCAUGGCUGCAGAGGCUGAGAUGGACAAGGGGAACGUUAUUGACAUAAUAAAGAAGAUGGAGACUCAUACUUCUGGCCACCAGGGUGGCGCCAGAGAGCAGACUGAGUUUAGCAUCUACAAAGCAAAGGAGUGUUCUGCCGUUCAGCUGCAUCAUGGCAGCCCUCUACCUCUGCAUCCAACCAGCAUCAAGCUGGAGUCAGGCUGUAUAUCAGAGCCCUAAAACAGCCUUGCUAAUCCAGCCAUAUAAUCCUUACAGGUCAACUCAGCAGCUGUCUGUUACUGCCCUAUUUGAAGUAAAGCCUUAUCUCAAUCAUGGAUUGCCUAGCCUAUACUUUACAGAGACUGUAGCGUGUGAAGAAUCAAGUCUUUACCAGCAUGGCCUGGGACCAAUGACUAAGUUGAUUUAAUGUAUACAUCUUUGUUAAUUUAUUCUGUUGCUAAUAUUAAUCUGAAAUGUAUAUAUUAAAAAAAGGAGAGAUCUGUGACAUUUUCCGCUAUUUGUUUUGUAUCUCUGGAACAUCUUCAUAGAAUAACAACUAAAUAUGUGAUUAUACGUA